GAAAGGUUCCGGGCAGGUUGGGUUCCGGGUCUGCCCCGCUGAAGCGCGGCGCGGCCCGCGAUGAUCCCGGUGCCGGUGGUGGUGACCGUGCUCGGCGGCUGGUGCGCCGUGUACCUGGCGGACACGCUGCUCAAGUCCUCCAACUCUCUGAAGGCGUCGUACGAGGACUGGCUGCUGACGUACGGCUUGAGCGUCUCUCCCUUCCACCUGCGGUGGCAAACAGCCCUCUUCAACCGCCAGUUCUACAACUGGGGGAGAUGGAAACCCAAAUUUCUCUACUUAUGGUUCAGUGUGGGAAUGGUGUUUGGAAUAGUUGCCAUGUUUGGCUCUGUUAUUCUGCUCGGAAAGACCCUGCUGCAAACACUGACCCAGAUGCUCACCGAGGCUCCGAAAGCCCAGAAUGAUCGGAUGCUGCAAGUUGUGGUGCCUGGUGUCAAUUUGCCCAUCAGCCAGCUGACCUAUUUCUUCUCUGCAAUCCUCAUCAGCGGUGUGAUACAUGAAGUCGGCCAUGGGGUGGCAGCUAUCCGAGAACAAGUACGAUUUAAUGGAUUUGGGAUUUUUAUCUUCAUUGUCUAUCCUGGAGCGUUUGUUGACCUCUUUACAACUCACUUGCAGCUGAUAUCUCCUGUCCAGCAGUUAAGGAUAUUUUGUGCAGGGGUGUGGCAUAAUUUUGUUCUUGGUGUUGCCAGUUUCAUGGUGUUGUUUCUGCUGCCAGCCAUUCUUUUCCCUUUCUAUUACACGGGUGUUGGGGCACUUGUCACUGAGGUUGCAGAGGAUUCUCCUGCCAAUGGACCAAGAGGUCUUUUUGUGGGAGACCUUGUCACUAACCUACAAGACUGCCCAGUUUAUAAUGUGGAAGACUGGAAUUCCUGUCUGGGAGACAUUUCAGAGAAGUCACAGGUCGGCUACUGUGUAAGUGCAGCCACCCUACAGCAAUUAAGCUUUCCAGCUAGAGUCUACAGAAGACUUGAUGGCACAGUUGAAUGUUGUAGUAACAACAGCCUCACAGACAUUUGCUUUUCAUACAGCAAUAAGUUGGACAGCAAUCUGUAUGCCUGUCUGCCAGCACGAAAAGUUAUUGAAGCCAGCAAAGUUUGUCGAACCAACAUGGACUGCCAUAAGGACUUUGUUCCAAGCUUUUGUGUGACUCCUUCUUUGGAGAACCAAACAAGACUAAUCAGGGUAAAGCAUCCACCCCAUAUUGACAUGCUCUACGUAGGACACCCUAUGCAUCUUCAGUACACAGUAAGUCUCAGCAGUUUUGUACCACGACAAAACUUUCUAAGUAUUGAUCUGCCUGUGGUGAUAGAGACAUUUUGCAAGUACCUCAUCUCACUGUCAGGAGCACUGGCAGUUAUCAAUGCUGUACCCUGCUUCGCUUUGGAUGGUCAGUGGAUAUUAAAUUCCUUCCUGGAAGCUACACUAAGCUCCCUAAUUGUAGAAAAACAUAACAGAGAGCUUGUUGGCUUUUUGAUUUUGCUUGCUGGUAGUGCACUUCUGGCUGCCAAUGUUGCCCUGGGACUUUGGAUGGUGACAGCGCGAUAGAACAUUGGAUGUUCUUCCAUCAGUUCUCAAAGAACACAGAAAUAAUGAAUCCAUUACCUUUUAAAAUUUGUCCAGUACUGAGAUUGAAAUAAUUCCCUUAAAAUGACACUGAAAGAACAAUCAACUGUUGGUUGCUGUUUUAAUUUAAAACUUUACUACAUCAUGCCUGUGGUCAUGGGAAAUCUAAUAGGAAGAAGUAGGAGCCUUUUUAUUUACUCUUUAAGCACUGUAUUAAUUUUAGAGAAGUUGCAUUUUAAGAUUUCAUAGGAAAAAAAUCAGACUUCAUUAAUUCAGACCUCAAAAUAAGGGAAUUAUUUUGCUUGAAACAUUUGUAAAACGGGAGGAAAAACCCAGUGUUAUUUAUAAUUUAAAUAAUUGUCUGUGUGGGCUCUGAUCAUCAGUUGGCAUAGUCUUCAGUGACUUGUUUUGGUUUUUUUAGCCUGCUAUUCUACCAAAUUGGAUUCUAAGAAGCCCUAAAGUCUGGUCUCAAAAUGGGGAAAAGCUAGGUAAAUGCUUACCACGUGUUAAUGGGGAGAGAGCAGCCAUUUGGGUUAGUGGCUUUCCUUUUCACCUGGCCAGAAUGACUGGAGGGAUGUUGUCCUCACGACGUAGAUGAGAAGUGCCAAUGUCUGCUAAAAAUGAACCUGUGGGAAGAUAACGAGGCCCACAUGUUUGUGUUGAUUACUCUUUCAGUUGCUUACUCUUUCAGUUGCAGCUGAAGUGUUUUUAAAGGCAAUAUUUGUCAACAAUUUCAGUUAUUCAAGAUAACUGAAAUUUAAUUUCUGAGUUCUGAAGUAUGCUGUGCACAGUUUUCCUAAGUGAUAUGUAAUGUUUGUGGUGUUUUACUCAGAAAAUAAUACUGUAUUCUACCUGUUCACAGUUGAAAGUGAAACCUAUUGUUUUAAUGGUGUCUAUCUUCUGAUGCUAUGCAUGUAAUAUGUACAGUAGGUCACUGAUGGUUUUCUGUGUUUCAAAGGGUAAUUUUCCUUUGCUAGGAUUAACUCUGUUCAAAGAUAGCUAACAAAGAUAUUUCGCUGGUCUUAGAUAUGAAUUAUUUAAAGGGAGAAUAUGAUUGUGACUUGAACUGUUUAAACACUUGGCUUUGCUUUCUGAGAAGAAUACAGACAAUAUCCAUGUUAUUAAGUGAACAGUGGAAGAACAGUCAGUGUUUUACUGACUGAAUUACGUCUGACAUGUUUUGAAGCUCUUUAUGUCUGUGAUGUUUAGUAGCCAAUAGGAUUAUAUACUGGAUGUCUUGUCCUCCUGUGAUGUAUUGCCUAGAUUAUAUGAAUUAGGUUCAGUCAGAGCCUUGCCUCAAUAUAGGCUGAUAUUUAAACAAAAAUGCUCUAGUUUGGGAGCCUAAAUAUUUGAAAUAGAAAAUUUUUGAAAAAUACCCUGGAACUUCUGCCUCAUCCAGGGCUCCCCAUAGGAGCUGCUGCAGCUCACAGUUCCUUUACAGAAAUGGCCAUUCCAUCAUGAACUGAAGUGGAACCUAAGCUCACAGAUCCUGGCCUGCAGGGAGUACUGAAACAGCUUGACCAGGUAAAAUAGAUUCUUUUGGUACCUGAGGUGAAAGCCUGGGUAAUUUCAAAGUGGGGAUGAGUGUUGCUGCACAGAUUCAUAACUCUGAUGUUUGCAUUUGCCCACUGAUGUGUACUUUUGCACAACAGCUUUCACACUAAAGAUGCACUCCUUUCAUACGAUGAUGCAAACAGUAAUGAGAGACCAUGUUUAUUUAUUUGUUGUUGGCUAGUUUACAUCCCUUUCCACUGCUGCCACGGGCUGGGUGGGCUCUGAAAGUUCAGCUCUGUGGCGUGGCUGGCCCUUGCCUCUCCUUUUCAGUCAUUUCAACCUAGGCAAGCUGGGACAGGUCCUGGUAGGAGAGAUUAAAUCCUCGAAUCCAGUGUGAGCUGGCCCCUUUGGGAUCCAUGAAAAGUGACACAAAGUGUAAGAAAGAAAAAACAAACAACACCCUGUAAGUCUAAUUUGUCAUUGCUCCUGGAAACAUGCAGAGGUUUCAGAGUAGCAGUUCUGAUGGGCCGCUCUGCCAUCCCUCUGUGGACAGGGGACAGGAGCAGCCUGGUCCUUGCACAAGGCCUGGCUCCAAGGCUCUGUUCCAGACUGCUCUCUCACCUCUCUGGCUGUUUACUGAUCUGAGCUGUUCCUUUCAGUGGCUCUAUGACACUUUCCUCUGUCUCGUCCAAUUUACAGUGCAAAAAAUUAAAUUGCACUUAGAAGGUUUAAUGUAGUUUAGUAAGACAGGAUAUUUACUUUCAAAACCUGUCAAGUUUGAUUUUUAUUUAUUAAUGUUGACUACAUUGGCUUGGAAUAAUAAUGCUUCUCGAGGAUAUAUUGGCAACAGAUUUAGAAAAACCCAAAGCUUCUGAAUUCAUAUGCACAAAUUUCACCUGCUAUAAUGAGACUGGCAGGUUGUUCCUGGUUAUUUAGUGUGCUACCAAAACAUGAAGUUUUAUCAAACGAAUCUAAAGUCAGUUUACUUUACACCAUCACUGAAAGCCACAGUUUUACUAAGUAGAUCUUCAGUCUGUGUCUGACCUCAUAAGCAAGAAGAGGGUGGAGAAGACAUUGCUCAUGGCUUUAGCAAAACAGACAGUAGUGCACUGUAAAUAUCCUAGAUAUCUUGUAUGGAAGAGAGAGUACUAGAAAUGCUUAAAAAUAACUCAAGAGUCCAUUUCUCCACAUACUAAAAUUUGACUGAGUAAGGGUUGAUUUGGGUACAUACAGGUUCUUUAAAUCAAGAUUUUAAACAAAUUGAGUAUGAAUGGUGACCCACAUGUCUUAUAUAAUCCAUAUGUUAAUCCUAACAUAUGGAUUACAUUCUGAUAAGCAUGUGCCAUACAUACACUUACAGGGAGGAUUUUUCUUGGGGUUUUGGUAAUUUAUUUAGCAAGAGAAAACACAAAAGUAUGGAGUGAUUUUUGUGUGUUGGAUUUUUGCUGGAGUAUUUCUGAUGUGUGUUCUGUUUUUGUAGAAAUAGGAAAUCUUUAAAUCAAAUCCUUCUACAUCUUAUUCUAAUUAGCCCCUCGGAUUCUUUAAUACAGAAUCCAUCAAUAUAAUUAUAGGGCAUUGACUGGACUGUAAAACACAGCACUCUUAAAGACUGGAUGGCUGCUACUAUUUAUGUACAUACUAUGCAUUUUAAAUCUGUAUCAGAUGGAAAAAGUAAUGUCUAAUAUUCAGAAAUGUUAUACUUAGCUUUUGUUUGAAAAUUUCCAGAAGAAUUUCAGAAUUAUAAUCAUUCUUCUACUUUGUUUUUAUUAAAUUGUUUUUUAUAUCAGCAAAUAUUUACAUAGCAUGUUCUGAUAAUGCAUGAUAUGACAUGAAAAUGGCAAACUCCUUAGCAUGGGGGAUGUUACAUGCUCUUUGCUAACUUAGGAAAUUAAAACCAGCUUGCUUCUGUACAAAUUAAAUGAAAGAGGCUUCACUAGAAAAAGUAUAGACAAACUUGCAGAUUAGUCAUCCCAAUUUAUGAGCCGCAGUGGAAAAUUUGUUAACUCACCCUUUUUAUUUAAGUGAAACAACCAUGUUGAUAGUUUCUUUCAGUAUAAUUCUACAUUUGUGGAUAUAUGUGUAUACAUACAUUUGUAUAACAGAUACAUGCAUAGCCAUAGGAUGGAUUAGUGCUUUUUAAAGGAUAACUUACAGUAGUCCUCCAUAUUCUGCAAUGUAGGCUUUUGUUUUUCUUCUUCCUUCUCUCUAAGGUUUUGUCUGGAUUUGAAGAUAGAAAUUUAUGUUUUCUUCCCAUAAGCAAUUCUUAACUUCUUUAUCAACAGAGGACAAGUGAUGGGGACAAGAUGUAACCACAGCUGUGUGAGUUUUGUUCAGAUGAUGUUUAAAGUACGUUUCUUACUUUCUGUGAAGCCUCAGCUACAAGCAUGGUAAACACGGCUUUUUCAGGGCAACUAAGAAAGGUCAGCCUUGGAAUCCAUCACUCUCUCACUGCUGCUGUUUGUGCUGUUCUGAAGAACUGGGAUGAAUAAGACUGUGUAGAGCAUACAGAAGAAAUAAAGUUCUCAGGAUGGAGCUCUCCAUGGCAGUCAGGGUGUUUCAGCUUUCUUUUAAUAAGGAUAUGUUUUAUUCAAUUUAGCACAUCAGCAAUCCCAGUGCUCCCAUGGUUUCCCAUACAUUUUACAUGAUGUCAAAGGGUGACCUGUAGGAAUAUUUUAAAAAUAAAUUAUGUAUGUCUUACAAAUUCAUACCAAUCUGGAUAUCACUAACUAGAGGUUAGUGAGGCUGUUAGUUAGGCUGUAGAAACUAGAGGUUUCUACAGCCUAGUCUGUAUUUAGUUGUUUUAAACAUAUGUGAGUUAAGCUCUAGAUAUAAGUAAUCUAUAAAAUAUGCAUUCUGUACACUGCAUUCAGACCAAUUUCCACAACCAGUCUUGCCUCAGCUUUGUUCUUGUAAUCUUGUCAGUAAGGAGUCUUGAAUCUUAACACAGGUAAGAUCCAAUAUUGGCAAAUAUUUUACAGCCUCUUUGUCCUGAAUUUCAUGUAACACUUUCUAUUGAUUAGUUAUUUAAUGUUGCUGAGUUACCUGUGGUACACACUCUGCAUCAAUGCAGCUUUUGGGAAGUUUGCACUGGAGACUGCCAGAAAACAGCAGCUCUGUGACUCCUGGUCCUUGGGCUCAUCCACUCCAUCCUGUGAAGAGCAAAUGGCAGCGUUUAGGGGCAGUGAAGGACUUGAGUUUAUAGCAGCUUUAUGAAACUUUCACACUGCUGACCCGGUGUGAAAGGACAGGAACAAAGAGCAGGAUAUGACACUGCAAUUCCUUUCAUUCCAUUUACAUUGUCACGAAACCUGAAAAGAACUUGUAAUUAACAUUUCAGAGCAGGAAGAUAUGUUCCAGCGCUUCACUGAAUCAUUCAGUGACUGGUGGUCAAACUUUUUUCUUAACACUUCGUCAUUCCUUCGAUAAAUAUGUGCUGAAUAAGUAGCAUGGGUAGUUGUAGCUUAUUCUGUAAAAUGGACUUGGAUUUUGCUCACCUCUAGAUGUUCAUCCUGGGAUGGUUUUUGCAGUAUCAUAGUAUAAUUGAUCUUCAUUGAUACUGGGUUGAAAGUUUGGAGGCUGUUUCCAAGCCAUUACUAGGAAAAUCUAUUUCCAAGUUGUUUCUUAAUAUUUUAAAUUCGUCUUUUCCUUACAUGACAUUGUUUUUAGAUUUCAUAUACUUAGUCGAUCUUAUCUGAAGCCUGUCAAUGGAAUAUGUAUUGUUUAGAAAUUCACUGUGGGUUUUUUUUUUUCCUCUACAUGGCCUUAUUUUUCACACUGACUCACAGCUGUGGAAUGUUAGAUUUCUAGACCCUUUGUUCCCACUAUGCAUUGUUCGUGAUCAUUUUUUUUUUAAAAAAAUGGGGGAAAAAAGAAAGCUUCAUUUGGAAAAUGUCAGCUAACAAAUAAUAUGGAACACUGAAUAAUGUAUUGUGGUUUUGUUUUGCUUUUUUCUCUAUUUAAUUAACCAAACAAUAAGUAUUGUUUUCUAUGUAUGAUAAAUGUAUCCUGCAAAUAAAUUCAUUGUCUGAUUGUU